GUCUCCUGAAUACUAGGAACAAUGUUCUCGUCAAUUGUUUUAGGAAAUUAUACGGAAUAAAACUAUAAAAAGAUUGAAUUUUUUUUUCAAACAAUUGGUUUGAUAUUAUGUUAAUUUCUGUUACUUAUUAUCAUUGUCAUUUUAUUUCAGGGCAUUACAUAUUUUAUAAUUGUUUUUAAUAUUUAUCAUUAAAAAUACUUCCGAAAUUAUUAUCUAUGCAUAAUCAAACAUUAACAAGUAGCAACUACGCCCACAAGUGAUCAAAAGGGAUACCGAAGACAAAUGCUCAAAGACUAAUUUAAGGGAACUACAGCAAGUCAAACAUGGAUGAGGGGUUAGUACCGAGCAAGGGAAGGGGUUAGUACUGGUUUCCAUUUUGGGUCGAGUGUUACACGCCCCGAUUGAGACAGUAUCAGAAAACCUAAUUGUAGAAGAUGCUUCAAUUUUUGAUUUCACGUUCCUUUGGAAUCCUCCUCCUGCUCUGGGUUUUACUUCCUUCGUCAAUUCAAAUCGUAGAUGCCGAUGAAGACUACGUUACCCAGCUUUUAAGCGCAGCAAAAGAAGACAAAGAUUGGUUGAUUUCAAUCAGAAGGAAGCUCCACGAGUACCCUGAACUUCUUUUCCAAGAACACAACACCAGCGCCCUUAUUCGCAAUGAACUCGAUAAACUUGGCGUUUCUUACACAUACCCAAUUUCCAAGACUGGUUUUGUAGCUCAAAUUGGCACCGGGUCUCCUCCUAUUGUAGCUCUUCGAGCUGACAUGGAUGCCCUCCCUUUGCAGGAGCUGGUUGAAUGGGAUCAUAAGAGUAAAAUCGAUGGAGUAAUGCAUGGAUGUGGACAUGAUGCUCACACAACCAUGCUCCUUGGUGCUGCCAAGCUACUUAAUCAGAGAAAAGACAAUCUAAAGGGAACUGUUCGAUUGAUUUUCCAACCCGCUGAAGAGGGAGGUGCAGGUGCAUCCCAUAUGAUAAAAGAAGGAACCAUUGCCACCCUUUCAGGACCUAUGUUAGCUGCUGUAUGCUUCUUUAAAGCUAAGAUAGAAGGUAAAGGUGGUCAUGCUGCUGAACCUCACAACAGUGUGGACCCCAUACUUGCUGCAUCAUCAACAGUUUUAGCCUUGCAACAUUUAAUCUCUAGAGAAUUAGAUCCCCUCCAAAGUCAAGUGCUAUCAGUUACUUAUGUUAGGGGUGGAAGUGCAUCGAAUGUUAUUCCACCAUAUGUUGAAUUAGGGGGAACACUCAGGAGUCUUACUACUAAAGGUUUGCAACACCUUCAGCAACGGGUGAAGGAGGUGAUUGAAGGGCAGGCAGCUGUUCAUAGAUGCAAAGGUACAGUUGAUAUGAUGGAGGAUGAAUACCCUCCAUAUCCAGCCACCAUUAAUGACGAGAGUUUGAAGAAGCAUGUGGACAUGGUGGGAUCAAUGGUGCUUGGUUCACAGGGAGUUAAGGUGGCUACGAAGGUGAUGGCUGGAGAGGAUUUUGCUUUCUAUCAGGAACUGAUUCCUGGAGUCAUGUUUGGAAUUGGAAUCCGUAAUGAGGGUGUUGGUUCAGUUCAUUCCCCACACUCUCCUUAUUUCUUUCUUGAUGAAGAUGUUCUUCCCAUUGGUGCAGCUUUACACACUGCUAUUGCAGAGUUAUAUCUCGAUCAACAUCAAACCCCUUUCACUGUCUAA